AUGGAUGUUUUGAAAUGGAGCACGGCAGUUGAACAAGCAGAUCUCUAUGCUAAAUAUUUGUCAAAUUCGGUUAUUUCUAACGAGGUCAGUUAUGAGAAUUAUGUUUGUAACUGUACGAAUCCACAGACAUUUGGUAAAUACUGUGAGUACCAGUUCUUUCAAGGUAGUUCGUCGUUUGAUGAUGAAAUUAGGAAGCAAUAUGAAUCACGAUGGAAUAUUAGUUUCGGAAGUCAACUUCAUAAUAAUCGUCCGUGCUAUCAAGCUUAUUUUGAAUGUAACUUUGGCUUGAUGUGUCUUGACUGGAGACAUGUUUGUGAUGGAAAACAGCAGUGCAUGAAUGGUAUAGACGAGGAAUAUUGUGAUAAAAUUGAAUUUAAUGAAUGUGAAGAUGAUGAAUAUCGCUGCACAAAUGGAAUGUGUGUUCCUGAGGAAUACUGGCUGGAUGGUGAUUAUGAUUGCAUGGAUUAUUCGGACGAAGUUGGUUCACUAGCCGGUUACGAGUGUAACAUGAUUCCUACCUACAGUUGUGACGAACAUGUCUGUCUGUAUAAUCAUUGGUCUUGUGGUGACGGUACGUGUUUAAAUAACAGAGCAGAUCGAAUAAACGGCGUAAGAAAUGGAAAUCGUGAACACUGUCUUAAUUUUCGAGACGUAAACUAUAUGUGUGAAGCAUCUACAAGAUUCGGACUCUCGUUGUGGACAAUUGAAGAUGGCUACUGUUUGCAGUACCAUCUUCACUACAAUCAGCUAGGUCUUGACAAAUCAAGACAUAAAAGUUUAUGCAUAUUUCACGUUAAAUGUGCAUUAGCAAAUUCUCUUAAUCUUGAUUGUGAUUGUAGCACACCUGAUAAGUGUGCAGAACUCGUCGAUGAUGCCUGUCGUGAUUCCUCUCUGAUUAGCUAUCCAUUCGAUCGCCCAGUCCUUAAUCCUUAUACUGACAUGGUAUACAACCGUGUUCGCAACUGGAGAAAUAAGAGGCCUGAUGGACUUAUUUAUGCCGGCAGUAUUAAAUGUAUCGGUUAUCAAAUGACGAUAAAAUGGGGCUAUAGUUGGAAAUUCGCCGAAAUGUAUCCGUUAUUAGCUCACACUGAAAAUGAGUAUCGAAUUUGCCGUAUGUUUUUCGACGAAGCUCACAGUCCAUUUGCAUUUCAAAAUUAUUCAGGGCCACAAUAUGAUCAGUUUUGUUGGAAUACUUCGAGAACAUUUAAUAAUCUCCCCUAUCUAGUGUCACUUCGCUGUUCUAUUCGAUGCAUUUCAAAGUAUCGAGUUAGAGAUGGUAUUGCAGACUGUUACCCACAUGAGGAAGGAUUCAAUGAACUCAAUUCAUGCCCUAGAAUUCAGCGUCACCGUUUACGGUGCUCGUCUUCCGAAUCAUCCUGUUUAAUACCUGCCGUAAUUGGCACCCGCAAUCCAGAAUGUUCUAAUGCUCACGAUGAAUACGACUAUAAAAGUCGAGUCCCUCUACUAGAUAAUGUUUCUUGUCGAAGUCGAAAUAGUGCCGAAUGCCUCUAUCGUCGAAAUUAUAUCAAAAUAUCUUCCAUCAAUACCACAAGUUUAACCAACUAUACCAGCGAGGGAGGAUCUUCGUCGACCUUUCUAACGAAAGUUCCUUUCAAAUCACACUGUGAUUCCAAACUAGAUACUGCCUCAGGGGUCGAUGAAAUACCUCAUUUAUGCCAAAAAUGGAUUUGUCCGAAGAAGGAAUAUCAGUGUAAAACAGGACAAUGCAUUCCACAAAAUUGGGUUUGUGACGGUGAAUGGGACUGUAGCGAUGCAUCUGAUGAAGAAGGAAUAUUCAUUAUAGAAAAAUUUAACGAUCACAAUUCAAGAAUAAUGAAUUUAACUAAAACCAAAUUGGAUUGCAGCAGUCGUUAUCAAAAAGCAACUGUCCCAUUUUCUAAAAUUUGUGACAUUUCAAAAGAAUAUCCGUGUUUCAGAUCUGAUGUCGAUGAUCCAUUCAACUUUACUACUAACCCACCAUGCAUCAAUCUAACGCAAAUCGGGGAUGGAAUUGUCAAUUGUCUCACAGGUCUUGACGAACGGAAUAUUUUACAAUGUGGUUCAAUCGGAAUGCUUGGGUUCAAUUUUGUGUUUGAUAAUAUGUUUAAUAACGUAUGUGGAGAAUACACAGUUCUUUGUACUGAACGAUAUCCUUGGGUACCAGGUAAUUCGACGAUUUCCUACGAUUCAGUUUGUUUUUAUCAAAGACAACAUUUUAAGAACGGUAGUCUGAGUCAGUGUGACAGUUUGAGAGAUGUUAUGUGUUUAAAUGACGUGUGUAUCAAAAGAGCACGAUGUAACGGCUUCUUGGAAUGUGAAAAUGGAGAAGACGAAUAUCGUUGUAUUCAAUCGAAACUGACACAAGUAAGUUAUAGACCAUCUAAAGAUACUCAAUUGAAAACACUGACAUGGAAUGAUUAUCCCGCAUUUGCAUCAAAAAUGUCUACAGAAUUAAAAUUAACAUAUACGACAUCUUUUGAAACGGAAAAGUUAAAUAUUUCUACGAUGAUGAAAAUACUUUAUCCAUAUAACAAGAAGUAUACAUCUGUAUAUGAUAUCCUACGUCGCAUCUACCCAAACACUAUAACAUUUGAAGGAUAUUAUCUUCCAUUUUUUUGCAAUCGUGGUUUAGCUGUCAAACACUCCGAUGGCGAAACGAAAUGCUUUUGUUCUCCAGCUUUUUUCGGUGAACAGUGUGAAUUUUACAGUGAUCGAAUUACAGUAGCUACUCAUCUAGAUUUAUCCAACUAUCAUGCCCACCCUCAAGUAACAGCAAUCAAAGUUCUAGUCACAUUUCUUUAUGAAGAUCAAAUUAUCGAUUAUUAUGAAUUUCACGUGAAUUCUGCCCUGGAAAACAAUGAUAACUACGUGAAACAAGGUAUCUAUUUUCUGUAUCCAAGAUUUGGCAAAUACUCCCAGACAAAGAAGACGAACCGAACUGGUACUCAGUUGUACAGUGUUAGAUUUGAAGCAUUUGACUUAUAUUUUAACGAAACUAUUCAACCAAUUGCUAUUUGGCACUAUCCAAUGUAUUUUGAUUUCCUACCAGUCUACCGACUCUCGAAGAUCCUUCGAUUUUCAUCAUUCUCAGCUUCACAAGUUGAAUCAUGUUCAAAUAAACCCUGUGGAUCUCAUGGCACUUGCCAAAACAUUUUAAAUUCAAAUUCUUCGCUCAACUACUUUUGCUCUUGUCAUAGCGGUUUCUAUGGAAAGCACUGUGAUCUGUAUUACGAAGAAUGUAUUGGAUACUGCUUUGCAAACUCGAUUUGUAAACCAAAUUAUCGUGGUAUCCUGACAGGUAAUAGAAAAGGUAUGUUGUGUAUAUGUUCAGCUGCAAGAUUUGGUCCAACAUGUUCUUUGAAGAACGAUCAGUGUACAGUAAAUCCAUGUCAACACGGUGGUUCAUGUUUUCCUACAUACACCCCUCAAGAUAUUCUUAACUAUACUUGUCUUUGUACCUCAUCAUUUAUUGGUAAUCACUGUGAAUUGACUCGGGGUCUAGUACAGAUAAAAAUGAACUUAUCAACAAAUUCACUGUUAAUACCAAUGAAUAUCAAUGCAUUAACUAUCGCAUUUAACAAUUACCAUCCGAAAACAUUUGCUUUUUUGAUGCAACAUCAGCAAGUACACCGUAAUUUACCUCUACAAAUCCAACUAGCAUAUUCUCGCAAGCUUAUCACGGCCCCAACUAUUGGACUAUUAAAAGUGUAUGGUCAAAAUUGUGAAAGAGAAGAACCUAAAUAUUUUGUACUAUACUUCGCAGUUGGGCGAAAAGAUGUUAAUAUUACGGUUGAUCUAACAUCGGAAAACUAUUGCCCGCUAAUUGAAGGUACAAAUAAGAAACGACUGACUUCUAAGAGUGUGUGUUUCUCAUCUAAACUACUAAUUUUAUUUAUUAAAGGUACAGAUACUUACAAUGCAACGGCCAUCAUCAUGUCAUACCAUGAUUUUUGUAGACAGAAUAAAAGUUUACCGUCUUUCAUAUGUUUUCGUGAUAUGAAUUAUCUCUGUAUGUGUGAGCCAGACGACUAUCGUGCUGAAUGUUUCAUAUACGAUCGAAUAGUGGAUCGUUGCUCUCUGUGUCUGGCGAACGGAAUAUGUUUGAAAGGAGAAUUAGGCAAUAAAGCUGACUUUGAAUGUCUCUGUCCGCGGUGUUAUUACGGAGAACUAUGUCAGUAUUCAACGGAAAUGAUGAGUUUCACAUUAGACUCAUUAAUUGUUAAAGAUAUUCAAAAUAACCGUCAAUUAUCAACGGCUAUUUACACUUCGAUUACAACCAUCCUCUUUGUGUUUGGUCUGUUCAACAAUUACUGUAGUCUGGUUACAUUUAUUCGUCCAAAACCUCGCAAGAUUUACAUGGCUGAAAUAUUGUCAGCAAAAUGUUCGUGCUGUAAAAAACCGGGUAUCGCUCAAUGUGAUGGAUGUGCGAAUGGUUUUUGUUCAAUACAUUUUCGUGAGCAUCGUCACUAUUUAGAUACUAAAUUCGCACAAUUAUUGCAUGAUAGAAGUAUUCUACCUAAUCAGUUAGUUGAUCAUUCAUCGAAGAUCAAGCAAGCCCAACUAAAGGCUCUUCUUCAUGAUAUAAACCAAUGGGAGGAGCAAGCAGUGAAGAGUGUCACACAAACAGCCGAACGUGUACGAAAUCGCAUCAAGGAAUUGAUGACACUAAGAACUUCAACUGUCAAGGCUGAUUUAGAUCAAAUUUCAAUGGAAUUACGGAAAUGUAAAUUUGAAAAUAAUUAUUUCGAACAGGAUAUCAAACACUUAAGUGAAAAACUUAAUCAAAUUCAAAUUGAUUUGAAUAUACAUAAACCACGUGUCAAAAUGGCAAUACCACCCAUCAAAUUAAACUCACAACUUCAAAUCUCAUUUGAAAAAGAUAUGCGUCGUGGAAAACAAUAUUUUCCUGAUGGAACACUACUUUGCCAAGAACAUCAAAAUCAACUGAACGAAUUUUAUGGAAAACGAAAUCAAAUGUGGCGACUUGCGUACAAAGCUACACGCGAUGGAUUUGCUAGUACUGAUUUUUAUCGUUGUUGUGAUAGAAAAGGUGCAACAUUGACUGUAAUUCAUUCGUCGAGCGGGCACCUAUUUGGUGGAUAUACAUCGAUCAAUUGGGAAACUCACGAGGAUUGGCAAUGGUCAGUGGAUAAAGAUGCAUUUCUAUUCACACUAAUUAAUCCACAUAAAAUUUUGCCUACUAAAUAUCAAAUAAAUACUGAAGGUCGAAAUGCAAUUGGUUGUAAAGCAAGCAUGGGACCAACCUUUGGCUUUGAAGAUAUUUGUAUUCAUUCGGAUAGUAAUCAGAAUACUCGCAGUACUAUUAUGUUUCCUACGGAUUAUAUUGAUUCGACUGGAAAAGGACGUCUUACAUUCACUGGCUCACAUUAUUUCAAAACUGUUGAAAUCGAAGUCUAUGUUCUUAAGCAAAAAUGA